AUGAAGUUAUUCAAUGGUAGAGUAACCCGAUGGAUUUUGUAUAUAGAACAAUUUAAUUAUGAAGUACAGCAUAUAUCGGGUGGACGUAAUAUUGUUGCAGAUGUGCUAUCACGUUAUCCUCCUGAUGGCAAUUUAAUACAAGAGGAUAAAAAUAAUAGUUUAGAAAUUGCUUACACAGAGAGCGAACAGAAUAUUGAGUUGAUAGAAAAAUUAAAAUCCUUAUCAGUAUAUCAAUUACAAGAUUCAGAGUCGUUGGCUAUUAUUGAAAAGUUAAAGACAUUAAAUACUUCCAUAAUAAAACAAAACAAUAAAUUAAAAAGAUAUAGUUUGAAAAAUGAUGUAUUAUAUUACAAAACGAAUUUACAAGAAGUAAUAUAUAUACCUAAAGCAUUGAGACAAGAUAUUAUAAAUCAAGUGCAUGUCGAAAUGGGUCAUCAAGGACCCUAUAAGGUAAUUAAAUAUGUGAGAGACAGAUUCUUUUGGAAAGGUUUAACAAAAGAUAUUAAAAACCAAUUAAGGGCUUGUCAUUUAUGUCAGUUAUCUAAGAAAAGCAAUAUAACAUAUGUGGGUCCCUGCAAAUCUAUAAUAACAGAAAACAUUGGCGAUAUAGUCAUGGCAGACUUAUAUGGACCGCUUGUAUCAGGUACCUUUGGGUACACUUUCAUAUUUGUCAUUCAAGAUUCAUUCAGUAAAUUUAUCAAAUUAUAUCCUUUAAAACAGUCAACAGCAAAGUCUGUUGUAACAAAAGUAAAGCAUUUUGUUGAGAUUAUAAAGCCCAAGGCAAUAAUGACAGAUAAUGGAAAACAGUUCGUAAGUAAUCACUGGAAACAAUCAAUGAGUGAAUUAAAUAUAAAGCCAAUAUAUACCACAGUUAGAAAUCCUAGACCAAAUACAACAGAGCGAGUAAAUAAAGAGUUGAGCAGAUUAUUUAGGACGCUUUGUCAUACUAACCACAAAGAUUGGGCGUUAAUAUUGCCGAAAUUAGAAGAAUUGUAUAAUAAUUCUUAUCACAAUAGUACAGGCUUCACGCCUUGUGAGAUUCUUUAUGGUGAGUCUAAUGAGAUGUCUUUUGACAAAGUAAUUUCCAAAAGUAAAGACAAACAUAAUGUCGAACAAAUUAGACAACAAGUGCGUAAAAAUUUAAAAGAGGCAAGUCGAAUAAGAAACGCAAAAUUUGAUAAGCGAAAUAGAUUAAUAAAAUAUAAUAUUGGUGACUUAGUAAAAAUUUCAAGAUAUAGUAGAUCAGACGCUGAUAAUAAAGUUAUGAGUAAGUUUAAUUUGGCAUAUGAAGGACCUUAUGUAAUAGCAGCCGUACCAUUUGACAAUGUAUAUACCUUAGCAAAUCCAGAGACAAACGAAAUUAGAGGAAUUUUCAAUGCUAUUCACUUAUUAAAAUAUUUUAAAUAA